CCAUCCACAACAUCACCUCAAUUCUAUACAAUCACAUCAAAUACUUCAUCAAUCAUGUCGACUGUUCACGUCCAAAACAUCUCUGCUCAGACCUCUGAGAAGGAGGUCCGCGACUUCUUCUCCUUCUGCGGCAAGAUCUCCAACAUCUCCGUCACCCCCGAGUCGAACGAGGCCGACAGCGUCAAGUCUGCUUCGGUCACCUUCGAGAAGGAGUCCGCUGCUAAGACUGCCCUCCUCCUCGACAACACUCAGCUUGGUGCUAACCAGGUUCACGUUGCCGCUACUGCCUCUCUCGACGAGCUUUCCGGCGGCAAGCUCUCUGCUGCCGACAACGACACUUCAGACAAGGACAACCUCUCUCAAGAGGACAAGCCCCGCUCUCGCAUCGUUGCAGAGUACCUUGCUCACGGCUACACCAUCAGCGACAAGGCCAUCGAGCGCGCUCUUGCUCUCGACCAGCAGCACGGUGUCAGCGCUCGCUUCACCUCCACUCUUCAGCAGUUCGAUGCCAAGUACCAGGCUACCGCAAAGGCUCAGGGUAUCGACCAGAAGCUUGGUGUCACCGACAAGGGCGCUGCUGCCUGGUCCGGCCUGAACUCAUACUUCGAGAAGGCUCUCGGUACCCCUACCGGUCAGCGUCUCAGAGGCUUCUACAACCAGGGCAGCAAGCAGGUUCUUGAUGUCCACAACGAGGCCCGUCACCUCGCCAACCUGAAGACUGGCAAGAACGACGUCCACUCUGUCGGAAACGACAAGACUCAGUGCUCUUGCGCUAGCGAUGCCGGUGCUUGCCCUUGCGCUCCUGGUCAUUGUGCCUGCUCCGGAUGUGCCAAGAACUCCGACAAGUCCACUGGCGCUACUGCCGAAUCCGCCAACAUGAAGGUCGUCUCCGAGGAGCCCAGAAAGACCAAGUGCAACUGUGGUGGUGCUGAGGGCUCUUGCCCCUGCCCUGCCGGCCAGUGCACUUGCAAUGGCUGUGCCAAGGCCUCGUAAAGGCUAAGGUCAUGAUGGAUUCGCUACAGAAGAAAAAAAUUGGCUUGGAUGGCACAGGUGUUUACUUGCUUGCUCUUUUUGGUGGUAAUUGAUACCAGCACGUAUUAUCGUGCACUGUCGACGACUUUAUGCUAUGAAUGAAAAUCAGUCUUCAACUAUUA